AUGGAGUCGCCUGAAGAAAUAAACGGUCACAGCGAGGCCAAAGAUGAAACAAAAGUAGCAGAAUGCGCAGUAAAGGAAGAGACUACUGAAUGUAUUGCAAAGGAGAAAUCUAUUGAAAGUGCCGUAAAUGAGACAACGACCGAAAGUGUUGUGGAGGAGCAAACGACAGAAUCUGCUGAUAAAGAUGAAGCCUGUGAUUUGAUCCUUGAUUCCCCGUCCGUUGAAUUCACUAUAAUACACAACAAAGACAAAUACACAGUUUCCAUGCCAUUAUUGUCCACAAUUGCGCAACUUAAAGACAAACUGGUUGACAUGAUAGGCGUACCAAGCAAGAUGCAAAAAAUCAUGAUCAAGGGUUUGGCAAAAGAUGAUCAAACUCUAGAGUCUUUGAAUGUUAGUUCCUCUUCCAAAAUAAUGGUAGUCGGCGCAAAGUUACAAGAUAUUGUAGCUGUAUCUGUAGCAAAUGUUGAGGAGGAAUCGGGUUCAUCAAAAUCGGGUUCAUCUGUUAAAGAACCAUUAUGUAAGAAAAAAUUGCAUCUAAAAGUGUUGGAGCGAGGUAUACCCGAUGAUGCUUUGGUUGGGAUUUUGAAUAUCAAGGAUCCAUUACCACCACACCCUUUAAGUGGAAUGCUUAAUAAGCACGGGGGAAAAGUAAGACUGACAUUUAAAUUGGAAGUGGAUCAACUUUGGAUAGGUACUAAAGAACGAACUCAAAAGGUUGCUAUGAAUACAAUCAGGCAUGUGGUUAGUGAGCCAAUCGAAGGACAUGAAGAGUAUCAUAUAGUGGGUUUCCAGCUGGGAACAACAGAAGCAUCUCGUUACUGGGUAUACUGGGUACCAGCACAGUAUGUAGACUCCAUAAAAGAAGCUAUAUUCGGUGGUUGA